CGCGAAUUGGCGUUCCCAGGUUUUCUUUUCUUUGCCGACAAGCGCCUGAUGAACCACACCAUAAAAACUUUAAAAGUUCGCGAUCUGGAUGAGUGUGAGUUGAGGUGUUACUACGAGCACAAUUGUGUCAGUCUUAAGAGGCCCUGCGCCUAAGAAACGACCGAUGAUUUCCGGCUAAAAAAUAAAAUCGGCCGAUUUUUAUCUCCCAAGUAGAGGUUACCGAAUACUAUUCAAAAAUGAAUUUCUUUUGUUUCAGUUUCGCUUUAAACCAAAAAUAUCGAGCCGCAAACUUUUUCCGUCUGAUAGCAGCAAAAUCAGGCCUAAAAUAAGCCCUCGCAAAAAACGGUUCAGAAAUCACUAUCGCAACGCAAAAUAGCGAGGAAACCACACAGUGAUGAAGAAAAAGGCCUUUUAAUGCAAUAUCAUUCGAUAAACAUCGAAAAACUGCCGAAGGGAAUAAAAAAUAAAUUUUCAAAUAUUGCAUUUUAAAUUAGAUGGAGCGUUGGAGUUGAUUUUAAAACAAUAAUUUCUCAAAAGUCCAACGCUGCUGAAAGCAAUCACAGUGAUGAAUCAGACAUUGGAGGGAUAUACAUCACGUUUUCGGAAAAACAUUUUUCGGCCAAAGUAUACUGACGUUGUAAAAACCGUUCAAAGUUACCGUAUUUACCGUUAAGUUGCCACUUCAGCGAAACACUUCUCUGUUGCCAAUAUGGCCAAGGGUAGCGUGGGAAACGCCACUUUAAUCCUUGCUAGGCGCUGAAAACCAUCCUAAAUAGAAGUAUAUAGAAUUAAAAGAGAAAGGAAAAUGAAAGAUUCGCAGAAAAAGAGAAUAACUCGAAAUUACCAUCUGCUAAGGAGAGUUGAAUCUUGGAAAUGUUGUCGCGUGACAGCGUUCAUUUGUCCGAACUGCAGCGGGAUCCAAACAAAUACGUGAAAUAUAAGUUAAAAAAAACAGUCUUUCUAUCACCAGAAAUCGUGAAGUGAAACAGUUUUAUGUUUUUCCUAUUAAUGAUGAUGAAUUCAGCCUCAGCUAGUCUCCAAGUACUUUGAAUGUGGGCUGCUUGUAUUUCGUUACAUACAUUCCAACGGACGUUACGGGUCAGCGCGUGUAGGGGUCAGCGGACCUGAAGAAAGGUGAGGUAGGUACUUCAUAUAUGAUUAUUAUUAUGUACCUAAACAUAAUUAUUAUAUCUUACUAUAUAUUAUUAUUAUUACACUAUAAACACCUAUACCCCUAUACAACACCAUAUACCCCUAUAUACCCCAUACAACACCAUAUACCCCUAUACAACACCAUAUACCCCUAUAUACCCCUAUUACACACCAUAUACCCCUAUACAACACUAUAUGCCCCUAUAUACCCCUAUAAAACGCCAUAUACCCCUAUAUACCCCAUACAACACCAUAUACCCCUAUAUACCCCUAUUACACACCAUAUACCCCUAUACAACACUAUAUGCCCCUAUAUACCCCUAUACAAUACCAUAUAUCCCUAUAUAUCCCUAUACAACACCAUAUACCCCUAUAUACCCCUAUACAACGCCAUAUACCCCUAUAUACCCCAUACAACACCAUAUACCCGUAUAUACCCCUAUACAACACCAUAUACCCCUAUAUACCCCUUUACAUCGCCAUACACCCCUUUACAUCGCCAUAUAUCCCUAUACAACACCAUAUACCCAUAUACAACACCAUAUACCCCUAUACAACACCAUAUACCCAUAUACAACACAAUACACCCCUAUACAUUGCCAUAUACCCCUAUACAACACCAUAUACCCAUAUACAUCACCAUACACCCCUUUACAUCGCCAUAUACCCCUAUACAACACCAUACACCCCUAUACAUCACCAUAUACCCCAAUACAUCACCAUACACCCCUUUACAUCGCCAUAUAUCCCUAUACAACACCAUAUACCCCCAUACAUCACCAUACACCCCUUUACAUCGCCAUAUACCCAUAUACAACACCAUAUAGCCAUAUACAACACCAUAUACCCAUAUACAACACCAUAUACCCAUAUACAACACUAUACACCCCUAUACAACACCAUAUACCCCUAUACAACACCAUAUACCCAUAUACAACACUAUACACCCCUAUACAACACCAUAUACCCCUAUACAACACCAUAUAGCCCUAUACAACACCAUAUACCCAUAUACAACACCAUAUACCCCCAUACAUCACCAUACACCCCUUUACAUCGCCAUAUACCCAUAUACAACACCAUAUAGCCAUAUACAACACCAUAUACCCAUAUACAACACCAUAUACCCCUAUACAACACCAUAUACCCAUAUACAACACUAUGCACCCCUAUACAACACCAUAUAGCCCUAUACAACACCAUAUACCCCUAUACAACACCAUAUACCCAUAUACAACACCAUAUACCCCCAUACAUCACCAUACACCCCUUUACAUCGCCAUAUACCCAUAUACAACACCAUAUAGCCAUAUACAACACCAUAUAGCCAUAUACAACACCAUAUACCCAUAUACAACACCAUAUACCCCUAUACAACACCAUAUACCCAUAUACAACACCAUACACCCCUAUACAACACCAUAUACCCCUAUACAACACCAUAUACCCAUAUACAACACCAUAUACCCCCAUACAUCACCAUACACCGCUUUACAUCGCCAUAUACCCCUAUACAACACCAUAUACCCAUAUACAACAUCAUAUCAGGCCCCUAUACAUCACCAUACACCCCUGUACAUCGCCAUAUACCCCUAUACAACACCAUAUACCCAUAUACAACACCAUGUACUCCUAUACAUCACCAUACACCCGAGCACAUCACCAUAUAUCCCUAUACAUCACCAUACACCCCUAUACAUAACCACACACCCCUAUACAUCGCCAUAUACCCCUAUACAACACUAUAUACCCCUAUACAACACCAUAUACCCAUAUACAACACCAUGUACUCCUAUACAUCACCAUACACCCCAGCACAUCACCAUACAUCCCUAUACAUCACCAUAUAUCCCUAUACAACACCAUAUACCCCUAUACAACACCAUAUACCCAUAUACAACACCAUAUACUCCUAUACAUCACCAUACACCCCUAUACAUCACCAUACACCCCUGUACAUCGCCAUUUAGUAUAUACACACUCAGUGAUCUUGGUGAUUUAAGCAAUCUGAUUGGUUCGCUAUCUCGGACUAUUCAACAAUAUUCACCUCCUAGCGAGUGGAUAAUGUGUGAGCUCGGUGUUUUUCCCGUUUUUUUUAGAGAACGAUCUUUUAAAAGUCGACAAAAUCCUAGGGCUGACUUUUUUUAAGGCAAGAAAAGACUUGGAAGGAUUCAAUACGGCGUUUUUCAAUUUACUGUAGCAGGAGUUUUGUGCUCGAUGGAUUGUUUACAACUCCCGUGUAUUCGCGUAGAAGAAGCCGUUUCGUGAACUCAGCGUUUUCUAAGAAGAAAAUUUUGGCUCAAAAAUCGAAGUUUAUUUAUGACAAACAAAUUUAAAAGGAAAUGUUUGCAGAAAUUCUACAUUUCAAGUAAACAGGAAAAAGAAUGAUACAGGAAGACGACCUCUUACCUCGAGCAACCGAGCCGCCAUUUUUGUCAGCACUUCAUGCGAAGAACGACACAACAUGCCCUUUUGGCUAUAAACUUGGCGAGUCAACAGAAAACAACACAGCUCUACUUUUUUUCUCAGGUAAGGAAACAGUUCAAACUUUUAGCGAUUCCAUUGAAGCCAUUACGCUGUUGUUUGCGAAAUGAGUAAACUUGUGAAUUGCCAUGUUUGAAAAUUCUGCAAAGAUCUAUUUUUAAACUUACGCGUGAUUUGAUCUGUCAAUCAAAUCCUACUUUUGAAUGGUUUCCUUUCUGAUUUUGUUGAGAUCACUUCGUGUGUAUAUACUAAAACAAUUAUUCUUCUCAAUCUCGGUGAAUAGUGGCUUUGGGAAUAUUUACCUCGCCGCUCUCGCGGCUCGGUAAAUAUUUUGCCACUAUUCACCUCGAUUUCAAAGAAUAAUUGUUAAAUACCCCUAUACAACACCAUAUACCCAUAUACAACACCAUGUACUCCUAUACAUCACCAUACACCCCAGCACAUCCCCAUAUACCCAUAUACAACACCAUACACCCCCAUAAAUCACCAUACACCCCUUUACAUCGCCAUAUACCCCUAUACAACACUAUAUACUCAUAUACAUCCCCAUACACCCCUAUACAUCACCAUACACCCCUAUACAACACCAUACAUCCCUAUACAUCCCCAUACACCCAAUAUAUUCCCAUACACCCCUAUAUAUCACCAUACACCCCUAUACAACACCAUACAUCCCUAUACACCCCUCUACGUCCCCAUACACCCCUAUAAAUUCCCAUAUGCGUCUUUAUACAUCACCAUACAACCCUAUAUAGUACUUUUAUGUGUGUCAUUGUCCCAUUUUAUUUCUAGAUGCCUUACAUUCAGCAAAGCAUAUAUAGCAUUAAUUCUUGUCAAAGCUCGCCACUAGUGGUGUGCCUGCAUAGCAUGGUUGCCCCCGUGGUGGUAUAGCUGUCUGCAAAAAGUCCUUUAAUUGCUUAAAUUCCAAAAAGAUGGUGGCUUAAAAAGCUCAAUCUAACAUCACGUCGCAGUCACGCAACGGCAAAGUAAAGUCGUAGUGUUUUGCUAAUCCCAGCAUAUUCUUAUUGUUUUGGGGGCGUUCUCGUUGUCUUCGUUUUCGUCGUUUCUUGGUUCGAAGAGUAAGCCGGCCGACUUGUGCCGUUAUGGGACUGGGGGGUGGAGGGGGAGAGGGGGCGGUGAGAUUAAACAUGGACUGAAGUGACUGCAAAUCACGUCUGAUUUCCGCAGUUCCUCCGCAAUUCGGCUACUAGCUCCAAGGUCAGUAGAGAAAACAUUAUUUAUUUAAUUCAUCUAUUCAUUUAUUUUCAUUAUUGGUAUAUGACCUUCAAAUUUCAAGUUCAUCAAUAAAAAACGAUAUUGAAUUAUUAUAUGUACUGGAUGGAGAUACCAUACUCUGUUGAGCUUUUCACUGAAAAUCUAAUUCACAAAUAGCAGAUAGGUAUAUUUGCUAAAUACAUUGCAAUUAUUGUCGGUAACUAAAAUUUAUUUAGUAUAUAUCCACUCAGGCUUGGUGUUUUUGGGCAGUCUGAUUGGUUGAUAGUUAUCUCCUAGGCCAAGCUCUUUCACAGUAUAUAAUCAACAAAAGCAUAAAUGAACUUCAGACAUUCAUUAAUAAUUCAUUAAAAACAAAACUAAACAAAGAAAUUUUUGUUUGUAAAAUGAGUGUCUUUAUGUCUGAUAAAAAAAAAAAAAAAAAAGCUAACCUUUACGUUCAAUUGUUAGGCCAUAAUAACCACAAAUCUAAAUAUAUUUGUGCAAAAAUGAGUUCAUCUAUAAAAUUAGCGGAGAAUUUGAAGCCAUUCAAAACAACUCGCAACUCGCAAUUGUGUAUUACCAGGUGUAAAACCUCUCGGCUUCACAAAUUUUUUAAACCUGAUUAUACGCUCAUGCACAUUUUUGUAAACAUGCAGUGCACCUUUCCCUCAAUUCGCCUAUGAUCUCUGACCCGAGGUUAAAUUUGUAACCCUGUUCGUACAUUUGAUGAACAGGACAUCCACUCCCUGUAUUCAUCGAGAUUUUCAGUGACUUCACGCACGAAAAGUAGUCUGAGGUUUUCCGUGUCACGUUCCUCGUUGAUUCCAAGCCCCAGUGAGGAAAUAUGCUGUAGAUUUUGCAAAUCCGAACGUUGCAAGUGUUUUUGUAGCUGCCGGGCUGUUGCUCUGAAGAAGCAGUUUCCGUCUUUGUUAAUUGGGUCCAACUGAAGAUCAAAUCCUGUGAGAUUUCUUAACAGGUUAUCUUUGUGCUGUGGGGUCAAAUUUAAUUCCAUAACGUUUAACUUUGACUCCUGUUCAUAAAGGUUAGCUGCCGGUAAGUUUAUCUUCCAGACAAGACCAAUGAAAUCUAUUGUUUUGUUGUUACAUUUUGUUGUCCAACUGGUGAUAAAUUCUUGUAUGUGCAGCGCUCGUUCCAAAAUGUAGUUCAAGACGGAAUCGUUUUCCAGUUCUUCCACAGUCUUAACUGUGACGAAAACGGAUGAUGUCCGUGGCAUUCUACUAGCCUUACUGCUAUUUUCAGAGACAGUUCCAGAUAUUGAACCCGGUAAUGACGUUGACGUAGAAUCCACAGCCGUCAUGUGAGACUGAAGAUAAGGGGUCGCUUGGUUUAAAGACUCUAAAGGCUCUAAUUCAAUUGGCGUGAUCGGAAUUGUUCUCUUAUUGAGGGUUGCUUUUAAUCUUCGUUUGCAAUUCCAUGCAUACAAAGCACACGCCAUUACCGCUACCGCCAACUCAGGUCCAAUUUUGGAUACUCCGCACAGUAAUGAUCGGUUAAGAUGUCUGUGAAGUCGCUCAUUUAUUUCAGUCCCACAUCCAACAGGUAUUUCCGAGAGACAUCCUUUUUUUAUAUGCUUGCGCAAAUUUUCAAUUUGAAGAAGGGUUUCCGUUUUCAGCUUUUCUCUCCAAACAAAUAGAAGACGUUCAAGAUUUGAUUCUAUUUCAUCAGGACAAGGGGCGGCUCAUUGUUCUCUCGUUACCAAGGUCUCCAUUUUGACGGAAAAUUAAAGAAAAUUCAUUAGCAAAUUGUUUACUGUAAUCUUCGCUUUUGCGUACCGUUUGUACAACUCUCAUACACGCGUGAAAUGAGUCUAGCCGAACCUUUAUCCCCGGGAAUAUUUGUCCAUAUAGGUGCAUCACGUGGCAACAGUCAUCCACUAUUAUCAUUUUUAAGUUAGUGCUUGCCUUAUCAAGCCUCUCUUUCAGUUCUUUAAGUGAGUCGAUAAUUUCGGACGAAGAAGUCGUCUUCGUAAACUUCCAUAUCAUAACUUCUCCGUUUUCGUUCACCCCCAAGAAGACGUUUUUAAACUGGCCUACAAACUUGCCGUCCUCGCGGGUUACCCCGAUAUGUUUAUUCGUUCUAAAGGUGUGGUCACAGGACAGAAUCUCCCCUGUGUGUUUCUGCAUGUUAUUCUCCUAAUGUUUUUUGUUCCGCUCAAACUGCAUGAGAAACAAAUCCAUUAGUUUAUCGUUGCUUGGAUAGGCAAUGAAAGGAAUACUCUCAAACUCCUUUACAGAUAACUCUUUGCUGUCCGGUUUAUUACGCAUGUACUGUCUGUAAUUCAUUGAUGCAAUGCCUUCAGAUAAUUCCAUGAAGUUUUGUCCUUGAUAAAUACCAGUUAUUAAAUAAUCAUAAAGACGCAGCGUAAAACUGCUUCUCUGCUGCAUUAUAAGAGGAAAUCCCUUAACAACACUUUCAGGGAGAGCGCCUAACACAUCGUUUGAUGCGGACAAAUACCGAUGUCCAAUCAUCACGUUUUCUGGCAAACUUUCACUGCAUUCAUAGAACGCCUGCACCAGAAUAACAUUUCCGUUCAAGUCGUAAAUCAAUCUUGGGUUUCUUGGACUUGUGUUGGAGGAGUCAGGAAGAUCGGUCCACUGUCCGACUUUCAGAGGACAGCCAUGAAUAGGACAUAAAAUAGUCAAACCGUAAUGUCUUAUUGGACACCAGAUAAAUAAUUUUGGUAUUAAUUUUGACAUAGCGUGUGGCCCUUCAACAAUUUGAUCAAACCUUCCAUUUUGCGGUGUACACUCAAACUCUCUGAAGACAUCCCGCAGAUAUUGUCCUUCUUCUUUUUCAAGAAGAACACAGAUGAUUGUUUUAAAUCCCAAAACAAAGAAUAAGCAAGAAACAAUGAUUAAAUUUCUCAUUAUGUCCCCUUGAUGUCGAACAUCUAACUGUCGCUGGGUGGCAUCGAUCUUGGAAAUAUACGGUUCAGCCGGGAUCAAAGUGCUACAAAGCUUGUGCAAUUUAUUUCGCAACGUUUUACUUAGUUAUAUUACUCCACGAGCCAUAGUUCAUGUGACCCACCAAAUUAAGCCGUUUAAUGCAUGUCCAUGAAAGUCAGGAAGUACAUUCAAUAUACCUUAAUAAAGUGUGAGCAUUUUUUUUUUGUUCAUUUUUGUUUUUGUUUGGCAUCGCGGGUCGGGUAUUAUCCAAUAAAAAGCUAAGAAAGCUGGUACCCUUUUUAAGGCCCAAAGCCGAAAAAUGACACCCUAUUCAAGGAAAAAACAAACAUGUGGCUUGAAUAGGCGUUACGUGUAUUUACCCGCUUAACGUCUAUUAAUCCUCUGUUGCAAAAUCAAAACCGUUCGUUUAGGCGCGCAUUUUCCCACUCCAGUAUUAGUUAAUGCAAUUAACCUACCCUAUCUAAGGACCACACCAGGGACACAGAAACAAAAGGGUCAAGAAAGAUACCCUAUUUAAGGACCGAGAACUUCAAAAACCAUACUCUAUUGCGCGGCACGUACCUAUAUAGCCCAUAUAUGGGAGUACCCCCCCCCCCCGGGGAAUAGAUACUGUUAUUCAAAACCCAUACGUUAAUCCUUCCAAGAACUUCGCGUACAGAGGUGUAUGGUGAUGUAUAGGGGUGUAUGGUUAUGUAUGGAGUGUAUGGUUAUGUAUAGGGGAGUAUGGUGAUGUAUUGGGGUGUAUGGUUAUGUAUGGAGGUGUAUGGUGAUGUAUAGGGGUGUAUGGUGAUGUAUAGUGGUGUAUAGUGAUGUAUAGGAGUGUAUGGGAAUGUGUAGGCAGUGUUCUCACCAGGAUUUUGCCUUGGGGAGUCCCAGGGCCCCCUCUUCUGAGAUAUAGGGGCCCUGUAAGAACAUUAGGGGGACAAAGUUACAAAAAACACGCGGUACGAAGAACCUGAGCCCGCACUCCAAAUUGUCUGUUACAUGAAGUACCUACCUGAUCCAAUAUGGCGGAAGAGGUGUUUACGAUUCGGAGGAGGAGUUUACGAUGUAGUGGGACGUGCGUGGGAGCAAUGAAAGUAAAGGCAACAAAAUGAAAGACUUUGACUCAUUUGAUAUCAUGUCUUUUAUUUAUUCAAACAAUUGCCCCUGCGCCCAAACGGGCGCAUCUUCUUCGUUUUAAUGCGCCAUUUCAGUUUUUCUUGCGGGAAUCCCGCAAGGCCGCGGCCUGGUGAGAAAACUGUGUAGGGGAGUAUGGUGAUUUAUAGGGGUGUAUGGGGAUGUAUAGGAAUAUAUGGUGUUGUAUAGGGGUGUAUGGUUACGUACGGAGCUGUAUGGUGAUGUAUAGGGGUGUAUGGUUGUGUAUGGAGGUGUAUGGUGAUUUAUAGGGGUGUAUGGUGAUGUAUGGUGAUGUAUAGAGGUGUAUGGUGAUGUAUAGGGAUGUAUGGUGAUGUAUAAGGGUGUAUGGUUAUGUAUGGAGGUAUAUGGAGAUGUAUAGGGGUGUAUGGUGAUGUAUAGGGGUGUAUGGUUAUGUAUGAGGGUGUAUGGUGAUGUAUAGGGAUGUAUGGUGAUAUAUAGAGGUGUAUGGUGAUGUAUAGGGGUGUAUGGUGAUGUAUAGGGAUGUAUGGUGAUGUGUCGGGGUGUAUGAUGAUGUACAGUAGUGUAUGGGAAUGUAUAGGGAUGUAUGGUGAUGUAUAAGGGUGUAUAAGGGUGUAUGGUUAUGUAUGGAGGGCUAUGGUGAUGUAUAGGGGUGUAUGGAGAUGUAUAGGAAUAUAUGGUGUUGUAUGUGGGUGUAUGGUGCUGUAUAGGGGUGUAUGGUUAUGUAUGGGGGUGUAUGGUGAUGUAUAGCGGUGUAUGGGGGUGUACGGUGAGGUAUAUGGAUGUAUGGUGAUGUAUAGGGGAGUAUGGUGAUGUAUGGGGGUGUAUGGUGAUAUCUAGGGAUGUUUGGUGAUUUGUAGGGGUGUAUGGUUAUGUAUGGGGAUGUAUGGUGAUGUAUAGGGGUGUAUGGGGAUGUAUAGGAGUGUAUGGUUAUGUAUGGGUGGUGUAUGGUAAUGUAUAGGGAUGUAUGGUGAUGUAUAGGGGUGUAUGGUGAUGUAUAGGGAUGUAUGGUGAUGUGUAGGCGUGUAUGGUGAUGUAUAGUAGUGUAUGGUAAUGUAUAGGGAUGUAUGGUGAUGAAUAAGGGUGUAUGGUUAUGUAUGGAGGUGUGUAUAAUGUAUAGGGAUGUAUGGUGAUGUAUACGGGUGUAUGGUGAUGUAUAGGGUGUAUGGUGAUGUAUAGUAGUGUAUGGGAAUGUAUAGGGAUGUAUGGUGAUGUAUAAGGGUGUAUGGUUAUGUAUGGAGGUGUAUGGAGAUGUAUAGGGUCUAUGGUGAUGUAUAGGGCAUAUGGGGGCAUAUGGUGUUGUAUAGGGGUAUAUAGGGGCAUAUGGUAUUGUAUAGGGGUAUAUAGGGCAUAUAUAAUGUUGUAUAGGGGUAUAAAGGGUAAAUGGUGAUGUAUAGGGGUAUAUAGGGGUAUAUGGUGUUGUAUAGGGGUAUAUAGGGGCAUAUAGUGUUGUAUAGGGGUAUAUAAAGUUGUAUAAAGGCAUAUAAUAUAUGGUGUUGUAUAAAGGGUAUAUAGGGGGUAUAUAAUGUUUAUAGGGUAUAUAAAGUAUAUAUAAUUAUUUGUAUAAAGUAUAUAAAGGUAUAUAAUUGUUGUAUAAAGGGGUAUAUAAGGUAUAUAAUGUUAUAUAAAGUAUAUAAAGGUAUAGUGAUGUAUAAAGGUAUGUAAAGGACAUAUAGUGUUGUAUAAAGGGUAUAUAAUUAUAUAAUAAAGGGGUAUAUAAAGGUAUAUAGUGUUGUAUAGGGUAUAUAAAGGGUAUAUAAUUGUUGUAAAGGGUAUAUAAAGGGGUAUAUAAUUAUUGUAUAGGUAUAUAAGGGUAUAUAGUGUUGUAUAAAGGUAUAUAAAAUAUAUAAUUAUUGUAUAAAGGGGUAUAUAAAGGGGUAUAUAGUGAUGUAUAGUAUAUAAAAGGUAUAUAGGGGCAUAUAGUGUUGUAUAAAAGUAUAUAGUGUUAUAUAAAGGGCAUAUAAAAAUAUAUAUGGUGUAUAUAUAAAGUAUAUAGGAGUAUAUAGUGUUGUAUAAAUUAUAUAAAGGGGUAUAUAAUUGUUGUAUAGGGGGUAUAUAAAGGGGUUAUAUAAUUAUUGUAUAAAAAGCAUAUAAAGGGUAUAUAAUUAUUGUAUAGGGUAUAUAGGAGUAUAUAGUGUUAUAUAGGGGCAUAUAAAGGUAUAUAGGGGUAUAUAAAGGCAUAUAAUGUUGUAUAAAAGGCAUAAAAGUAUAUAGUGUUGUAUAUAAAUAUAUAGGGUAUAUAAUUGUUAUAUAAAAUAUAUAUAUGGUGAUAUAGUGAUAUAUAAAGUGUAUAUAAUUAUAUAUAAUUAUAAAUAUAUAGUGUUGUAUAAAAGGGGCAUAUAAUUAUAUAGUGUUGUAUAGGGGUAUAUAGGGGUAUAUAUGGUGUUGUAUAGGCAUAGGGGUAUAUGGCGUUGUAUAGGGGUAUAUGGUGUUGUAUAGGGCAUAUAAGGGAUAUAUGGUAUUGUAUAGGGGUAUAUAGGGGCAUAUAGUGUUGUACAGGGGUAUAUGGUGUGUAAUAGGGGUAUAUAGGGGUAUAUGGUGUUGUAUAGGGGUAUAGGUGUUUAUAGCGUAAUAAUAAUAAUAUAUAGUAAGAUAUAAUAACUAUGUUUAGGUACAUAAUAAUGAUCAUAUAUGAAGUACCUACCAAAGGUGACGAAGUUGGAGAGCAACGCCAUGCUAGGGCACAUUGGUAGGUACCCAAUAUCGAAAAUAAAUGCAGUAUCGGUAUUUCGUCGAUUUUUGACACGGUAUUUCGGUGUUUACCAAUUUUUCUCACGGUAUUGCGGUAUUUAAUCAAUUUAAUUUAAUUCAGGAGCCCAUCAUUGAUGGGCUCCUGUUUAAUUUUGCGAACGAAAAAGAUACCCUACCAAUUUCAUCACAGAUUAUCUGUCAGAAAUUGUGUAAUGGUAAUCAUUUACCAUUAAUCUAAAGUCUUAAAAAUACUGACGUGCAUUAAACUAGCCUGCGUAGCAGGCGCUUGGAAGUAGUGGGCUCGAGAGAAAACGGGCGCGCGUGAGGGAGACACGCGAGGGGUGAUCCAAACGCCUGCUACGCAGGCUAGCAUUAAACAGGAGAGGGCAAUGAACAGUACCGCAAUACCGUGAUCUUCUUUUACCGAAGACCGUUAACCAAAAAGAAGAAAUACCGCAUACCGCAGGGCUAAAUGAUAAUACCGCAAUACCCCACUUUAAAAUCCAAAUUACCGAAAUACCGCUUGAAAAAAAGCUCAAUACCGUAAGCCCCCAUUUCCCCCUCCAUGCUGUUGAAGAGGUGAUAGAAUAUUUGGGCUUAAAACAUCCAAUUAUAUUUGAAGUUUACAAUCUUUGUCAUAAUUAUCACAGCAACAAACUUUCAUCUUUCAAUGUUAGUGUUGAAAGACAUGUGCGGGUAUUUCGAAAUACCUCACAAAUCUACAGAUCUAAAAAGAGACCUUUUAGCCAAGGUUUCAGUGUAAAGGAAUGUGACUGAGUGCAGCAAAAAAUAAUUUCAUUCUGUAACUUUCCUGCGCAAGAGUUUGAGUGCAUGGUAUGCUGUCCAAUCGGUAAUGUGACAAGUAGUGCGUUGUGCAUUGGUUAUCAUCUAAAUAUCAUAAAUAUUAUUGUGGAAACAAAUUAUGAAGCAUAU